GAGCGUCACGCCAUUCUGUCUUUGUUUCUUUCUCUGCACCGCGGUUUCGUCAAAUAAAGGUUUUGAGGACAGCAGAGCUCCUAGCAUUAGCCAUGCCAUCUCUUCCCCCAUCUGAAGAAAGUGGUGUGAAGGCCUCUGUGUGCCCACACAAACAGCUCAGCCACACAAACGGAGAAGUCAGUCACCGUGAGAACACCGUUCCUCUUAAAGAAGUUGAACAAGUGCCUCCAGAGGACAACUCUGACGGAGCGAGUCAGGCCAUGCAGCUCACAACAAAGAACACUGCUGCAGAAAGAAAGUGGAUCCGCCCGGACCUCCUCAGCCGCUGCACAUGGAGUCUGCAGGCCUCCAAAGCAGAUUCCCCUCACCCAACAGUUACAAGAUCUCCUGCUCCAGCCAUUCUUCCAAACAUCCUGUAUAGAAUUGGUGAUACCCCUAUGGUACAACUCAACAAGAUCCCCAAAACAUUUGGACUCAAAUGUGAACUAUUGGGCAAGUGCGAGUUCUUCAACGCAGGCGGCAGUGUCAAAGACCGAAUCAGUUUGCAGAUGAUGGAAGACGCUGAAAGAGCUGGAAUCCUUAAACCUGGAGACACAGUCAUUGAGCCCACAUCUGGAAACACAGGUAUUGGAUUGGCCCUAGCUGCAGCUGUGAAAGGCUACCGCUGCAUCAUAGUCAUGCCUGAGAAAAUGAGCAUGGAGAAGGUUGAUGUUUUGAGAGCUCUCGGAGCAGAGAUUGUCCGCACGCCAACCAGUGCUCGCUUUGAUUCUCCAGAGUCUCAUGUGGGUGUGGCAUGGCGCCUUAAGAACGAGAUCCCCAACUCUCACAUCCUGGAUCAGUACUGUAACCCGAGUAAUCCUCUAGCUCACUACAACUUCACAGCUGAAGAGAUCUUGGAGCAGUGUGAUGGUAAACUGGACAUAUUGGUGGCUGGAGCAGGCACAGGAGGAACAAUUACGGGUAUCGCCCGCAAACUGAAGGAACGCUGUCCCAACAUCAAAAUUGUUGGUGUUGACCCAGAAGGCUCCAUCCUGGCUGAGCCAGAUGAUCUUAACAAGACAGACAAAACCCAGUAUGAGGUGGAGGGCAUUGGCUACGACUUCAUCCCCACUGUCCUCGACAGAUCUGUAGUUGACACAUGGUACAAGUCCAAUGAUAAGGAGUCCUUCAAUAUGUCUCGUAUGUUGAUCAGAGAUGAAGGCCUACUGUGUGGAGGCAGUUCUGGCAGUGCCGUGGCAGCAGCAGUGAAGGUUGCAAAAGAUCUGAAAGAGGGCCAGCGCUGUGUGGUUAUCCUGCCAGACUCAGUCCGGAACUAUAUGUCUAAAUUCCUCAGUGAUAAGUGGAUGUUCCAGAAGGGCUUCUUGAUGGAGAAGGACCUCAUGGUGAAAAAGCCAUGGUGGUGGAACUUGAAGCUGCAGAACUUGAACUUGUCUGCUCCACUUACCGUCCUGCCAACAGUCAGUUGUCAGAACACUAUCAAAAUCCUCAAGGACAAUGGUUUUGACCAGGCACCAGUGGUCGAUGAAGCUGGGUUAAUCUUGGGAAUGGUGACUUUAGGCAACAUGUUGGCCUAUGUGCUGGCAGGAAAGAUAAAGUUGUCAGACCCAGUCAGCAAAGUUAUCUACAAACAGUUCAAGCAGAUCCGUCUGACUGACAAUUUGGGGAAGUUGUCCCGUAUCUUGGAGACUGACCACUUUGCCCUGGUGGUCCAUGAACAGAUUCAGUAUUUGGUGGAUGGCGCCCCCAGUGUAAAGCAGAUGGUUUUUGGUGUGGUAACGGCUGUUGACCUUCUGAACUUUGUCACAAGCCGAGAAAGGAGAGAACAGUUGAUGGCAGAGACCACUGAUGAGCUGUGACUGACACAAUAGUGUCAACAUGUGCAUUUCUUAACUUGUCAUAAUUUGCACUGUGGCAGGAUUAGUAAAUGCUCGUUUGGUGAUGGCAUAAAGUAAACUUCACAGCUUUUGCUUGAGGUAAAUUCUCUUCCCCCAAUUUACAAUUGUUCUGUUUUUCAUCCUUGAAUAUAAGUCAUAAGGUAUAAUAAGCAAUGCGCAUUAUCAGUCAGUUUAUUAUAGUUGACUUUGAAUAAAAUGGGUUGAUCGUCCUGUAGUGCUCAUAAAGCGAGGGGUGUGCCACUUAUAUAUAAAGCUUUUAUUAACUAUCAGUCUUGAAUGUCAAGUUCGUUACAUUGCUUUAUCUCCAAUGCCUUUUUUCUUCUCCUCCUCCUCCUUCUUCUUCUUUUUGGCCUUAUUGUUUGCUAGGGUAUCAGUUACAUAUUGAAGAUGUGGAGAUUCAUAACAAACUCUUCCAUUUAUCAAUAUGACUGAAUGUAUGCUGUAUUUUUGUCGCCCUGUAUGGUGGUUUACUUUUUGUCUAUUUGUACGCAGAAAGUAAGAUGUGAUGCAUUUGUACAGCAAAGUUUUUAAAAUCUGAUAUUCUUUCAGUGUUAUGAAUGUAACACAAUACUUAAUGUUAGUUGGAGGAAGCAUGAUUCUUAAUGUUUGAGAUUAAAUAAACCUCAUGGAAUAUUUUGAAACUUU